UCGCCGAUAUUUUUUUGCGCCCUGCGUGCUACGCCGUGUUACUUAUCGCGCGCGAUUCCAUGGAAGUUCUAUUGUUAAAUGUUAAAUUUCACAGUUUAAAAGGCCCAUUGUAAAAAUUUCAAUUAGUUUUCUUCCGCUCCUCGUCUCGAGUACUCUUUUUCUUCUGCAUUUACGACGCCGUUCGAUAUAUAUUUCAUAAUAUAAUACCGUCGACGACAGCGACUACGUCAGACACCCGCAUACAACACACUUUGCGAGCUUGGCAAUGCGAGACAGUAUACGAGUGUUUGUAUACACAUGGACGUACAGGAGACUCACACACGGAAACGAUACUCGAUACACCUGCAGCAGCAGCAGCAAUGCACAAACGUAUGAGCCGCAAUUGUUAGCCGCCAAGUAUUUAGUUGACACGCGGACACGUAGCCAGCUAGACUUUACUGAUUUGAUUGGUGCAGAGAACUCGGUGACUCUUUUUUUUUCGAGAUAGUUCUUUGAUCCAAGUGCAGCUAAGUGAAUUAAAAAGUAAUAAAGCAAUCGGAAUGGGUUCGGUUACUUGGCUCUUCGUAGCAACCUUGCUGAUGGCCACUUACCAAAGUCAGGUGGCGUCGGUUCCAUCAAGCUUGUUUGGUAGCCUUUUCGACGAUGUCGAUGACAUGCGUACGGGCAUCGAAGACGACAUCAAGCGCAUGAACGAUAACAUUCACAAAAAUGUUCAAAAGCAAUUGGAUCAAGCUAAUAAGCGAGUAGCUGAAGCUAUUAAAAAUGCUAAAAAUGGAACGCAAACUUCAUCGGGCGGCUCCUACAACUUCUUCUCGAGCAACAACAACAUGUCAGUAACAAGUCGUCGCGGAGGAAGUCGAACCGUCCAGUCAGGCACGGAUGCUCAGGGCCGACCUUACUACAACGAGAUGGAGGACCUCGUCAUCGGAAAGAAACUUUUUCAUACAGAACGCAAAUACAACCCGCAGACGAAGAAAAUAGAUCUGACCACGUACACAAAAGAUUUGGAAGAUCCAAACGCACAGCCCGUUUACAUAGACCCGCAAAGUGUACCCCGCGACAAAUAGCUUUUUGUACUUUGUUUGUUUUUUUUUCUAUUCUUAUGCCUUUGGCUUGCCGAAAAGGAAAUUAAAAAUAUGCUUUAAAGUCCGUAUUACCUAUGACCCUAAUAUUCCAAAAGUGUGUUACUCUGACGAGAAAGUGUAAUUUUUUACUUUGUAAUAACUCGUGACAUUUCACACCUCAUAGAAUAAACUUUGCCAAGUAUUAUUUCCUACCAAUCUUGAUUCAAAUGACUCGUUCAAAUAUAUACUACUUAUUCUUUGUUCUUUAAAAAAUAAUGAUAAUAAACUGCCCAUACUUGUGCAAUCAAAUAUUUA